AGAUGAGAACAUCGCCCCCUGGGUUACCCCGGGCCUCGAAACGUGUGUGACCCAUGCAAAGUUGGCUAGCAAAUUUGUGUUUGCCUUAAGGAUAACUGGCCAAAUAACUAAAAAGGAAACCUGUUUUUUUUAAGUGGUAGUUGUUGGCAUACUGGCUGUUUGCUUAGCUGAACGUAAUUAAGAGCGAAACCACACCGGGAAAAAACACUGCAGUCAGGUUGAGAGGAAGCAGAGUAGCUAGCUAAUAGCUAAUUAACUCCACUAGCUAACAAGUCUAGCUAGCUAACAUCCAAACGAGUUGGGAAACCUGUGCUUUAAUCGUUAUCUCUUCAGCUAGCAAGCUCCAUUACCAUCACUCACAACUUGACAAGUCUCCACAUUAGCUAUUCGUUCGAAACUAAAAUGUCGGAGGACCUUGAAAUAGGUGAUGAUCCAACUCUGUUGACAAUGAUGGAAGAAGACGGAGAGGCAAGCAGUGAGGAACAGAUGCCGACAAUUGCAGAGGGCAGCAAGGGCCAGGGAGGAGGAGCAGAGUCCGAGGGAUCAAAGAUUGAUGCAAGCAAAAACGAAGAGGAUGAGGGGAAAAUGUUUGUUGGUGGACUCAGCUGGGACACAACCAAGAAGGAUUUGAAAGAUUACUUCUCUAAGUUUGGCGAGGUGGUAGACUGCACACUUAAGCUGGACCCAAUGACAGGGCGAUCCAGAGGCUUUGGCUUCGUGUUGUUUAAAGAGGCUGAGAGUGUUGAUAAGGUCACUCAACAGAAGGAACACAAGCUGAAUGGGAAAGUCAUCGACCCAAAGAAGGCCAAGGCAAUGAAGGGCAAGGAACCGAUAAUGAAGAUAUUUGUUGGCGGUCUCUCUCCGGACACUCCAGAGGAGAAAAUCAAAGAGUACUUUUGUACAUUUGGAGAGUUGGAGUCUAUUGAAUUACCCAUGGAAAACAAAACGAAUAAAAGACGUGGCUUCUGUUUCAUAACCUUCAAAGACGAAGACUCAGUGAAAAAUAUCAUGCUGAAGAAAUAUCACAAUAUAGGACUGAGCAAGUGUGAAAUCAAGGUGGCCAUGUCCAAAGAGCAGUACCAGAUGCAACAGCACUGGGGAGGGAGGGACGGCUAUUCCCCCAGAUCUCGAGGCAGGGGGCCUAGUCAAAAUUGGAACCAGGGUUAUGGAAACUAUUGGAACCAAGGAUAUGGCAACUAUGGAUACAAUAACCAAAGCUACGGAGGAUAUGGUGGCUAUGACUAUUCUGGAUACAACUAUGGAUAUGGUGACUACACCAGUAUGUAAUACCAUAUCAACAAGGUGGAUAUGGCAAGGCCCUGAGACGAGGUUCCAACCAAAACAGUUACAAACCAUACUGAUGUGAAGAAUUUGUACAAACAGGUAUGUAACUGAAUCUCUCUCACCACAAACCUAAAAUCGAAAAAACAACAUAGUGGUAUUACUUCUUUGUACCAUAAUUAACAUGAAUAAUAAUCCCUUUCAAAGUUUUUCACAGCACCCUGAAGUGCUUUACUGUAAUGGUAACAUAGAGGGCAACAGCCUUUGUGGUGAUUAUUCUAAGAGCUGGCUUUCGGCUGUCUCUUUUGCACCAUUUUGUAACUGUAAAGUUAACAGGUAAAGUAUUGCUAUGAGAGUUAAUGGAUGUCAAAAACUAAAAGUAUAAGAAAGUAUAAGAAAAAAGAAUUGUUGUCUCCUAACUGACAUAUACCUUGUUUGUACCUGCCAGCGGAGGUUCCUUGCAGGCGAUGAGCUGACUACACGAUACUCUCAGGCCCGCUCAAUGCGGACUGGGCACGAGAGGCGUACGCUCUCGAAUGCUGCCGUUUGGUAUGGUCUUCCAACAUCCUGUAUCAGCACCGUAAACAAAGUGGGAUAUACCCAUCUUUGUCAUCUUGCUUGACAUUUAAUUCCUUCGAUUGUUUCGUUUUUUGUAAAUAUUUUAAAUACUCGUAAAUUAAUGUUUAAUGUAAAUUAAAUGUCGUUUUUUACAGGCCCCUACUACCCCCACAAGUAAUUGUAAAAUACGACAGAGAAAAUAACUAUUUACUUUUUAAAGGAUACUUCUUCUCUGGACUUUCCAGUUUCUAAUCUUACCUGUAAUGCUUGCUUUCUUUAUUUAGCCCUCGUAGCCGUAGUAACCAGUAGUCCAUGAGCUUAAACCUGGUUUGUACUUGGAUGCCACUGAUGGAGAAAUGCGUUACUUUUGUACUUGUUUACUGUUUGUGUUACUGACAGCGGUGGGAAAAGGCUUCUCUUUUAUACAUUUUUAAUUUUCCUCUAACAAAUUCUCUUCUCAAUCUUUUGGAAAAACAUGGAAGUACAAUGUAUCCGGAAAUUUGCAUGUAAUGCUUAACUUAACUUGUAUAUAUAUAUAUUUUUUACCUAUUGAAGGCUUCCUUAUUGAUUUUGUAGUUGCGUUUUGAUUCUUAUCGCACCUCAGGAUUUGUAGCUUAUGGACCCACUAAAUGUUAAAGUCAUUGUUUUAUUGUCUUUUCAUAAUGAAUUAAAGACGGGGGAUUCCUAUUUUAUAUUGUUUUUGUUUUCUUCAACUGUACCGUCAUAAUAGACUGUUUGGCUUGUUUGUUUUCUGCAGGCUAUGAAGUGAUUGGAAGCAGUCUUUCGAUGGAGCAUUGGCGGAAGACUUGGAAGUAUCCAGAUAACAUGACGGAGAGAUUAUGGGAAACAUCCAGCAUUAUUAAGUAGAUCUACCGUUCGAAUCGACUUUUAUUCAAUGUUGUUUUUGUUUUGGUUGCAUCUUAUAGCUUCAUAUUAACCAUCAUAUUUGUCACGUGUUAAAAGAAACUAUCACAACAGAUGUAUUUGAGGAUUGAUUCAUUAUUCAAUGAUUCAGAUGUUCUUUGUGUCCUUUUUGUCAAGUGCUCAAGUGAACCCAAGAUCGGUUUGGUCAUUAUCAUAGACAUUUUAUAUUGGUAUUAUUAUAAUUGUAUUAAUGACUAAUUAUUUAAAAAAUAACAAAUUGAAAGAAAGUUAUACAGAAAUGCAUAUAUAGAUUAUUCCUCUCUUAUUAGUUAUAUUUUGAUAUGCUAUGGGAUAAAGUAUACACACCAUGCCAGACAUCCUGCAAAGCAUUCAAAACAAUAAAACUAUAAAAUUCACUGAAGAGGUCUUGGAAUGUGUCUCUGGAUCCUUGAAUUGAGUCUUGAUCAACGACUCCUCUACCCUUUUGAGUCCUGCAAAUGUAUUCCACUGAACACUAGUGCAUUAGAAUAGUGACAGAUUAGCAUAGCGGUGUACAAAGGGAUGGUUUUACAAAGUUAUACAAAA